AUGGUGGUGAACGGGGAGGAAGGGACGAACAAGAGGCCUCACUCUCCGCCUGCUUUGGACGGGGAUGAGGUGGUGGUGGAAGUCCGCAAGGGUAAAGAAGCUGCGGCGGCUUCGACGACGACAGCUCCCGGGUCAACCACCGAUGAUAUGGAGGACGAGGGGCAGGAGGGGGUAGACAGUAGCAGCAGCAUCCCGGAGAGAUACAUCGUAGGGUGCGGAGGCGAUGUAGCGGAAGCUGGCAGACGAUGGAAGGCGACUGUCGAGUGGAGAAAAGAGAACAAGGUGGACGAAAUUUUGGAGACACCGCAGCCUCACUUUCACGAGUGCAGGCAAGUGUUCCCCGUGUUCUUGCACGGGCGGAGCCGGAAGGGGAUGCCGGUGCUGUGGGAGCGCAUCGGCAAGGUUGAUCUGGUGAAGGCGAACGAGCUGGAGCUGCCCCUGUCGGUGCUGACGCCGAACUAUGUCUUCCUCAACGAGUGCGUGUGGAGAUUAAUCCUGGACAAGGGUGAAAACGACAACGAUGACGCCCAGUUCAUCACGGUGGAGGACGUCGCCGGAGUCCGGCCGUGGCACCUCACCCCCAAGGUCCUUUCGGUCCUGCGCGCGCUAACCGGGACCAUGAAGGCGCACUACGUCGAGAGGUGUCACAAAUCGUACAUUAUCAAUGCCCCGCGAGCAUUCACGGCUCUGUGGCGUGUAGUCUCGGCCAUGCUAGACGCCAGAACUCGUGCCAAGAUUUCUAUUUUGGGGACGAACUACCUAGAGGAGAUGAAGGAAGAGAUCGACAUUUCCCAGAUCCCGCCAGAGUACGGCGGGAGCAGCGGCAGGGCUAUCGAUGACUCGGACGAUGAAAGGAAGAUCCAAGCGCUAGUAGCUCGGCUCAACUUGGCGGCGGAAGGGCAGGGAAUUCCGCAGAAGGCUGCCGGAGAUGGUGGGAAACCCGCAGACCCCACCGGAAAGAGUCAGGGCGGAAGCUGACGGGAUUGCUCACGGCUGUUUUGGACAGCUGACGAUCGAGUACCUCGCAUAAUAUAUAGGAAGUUUGACGGUUUGUGCACGAGGAGAAACGGCGUGGGUGACGGCUGGUGCAGCAGCAGACGAACCCUGUGCUUUUCCGAUGAACGCGUCUUGACCGGUGGCUGCUGCGCGAGGGGGGGCGGGGGGGUGGCCAAACCGGACGGGUCUCAUGGGAUCCGUUGCGUAGAGCAUGAGCUAGCUGAUGGAAGAACCGGUCCAGGAGCCACCGCACGCAGCAGUGUGAAGAUGCUUAGGUAGUGUUAGGCUGCUUGAUGCGCCGUGGGAGACAAGUACGGGCUGUGAUACGUGGCGUGCUCGUUGUUGAUUUUUACUUCGUUAUUCAUUGUUUGUGGCGAUUUACUAUGUAGGCGAUUGUAUGUGAUCGACCCGGAUGCUGUGGAGCAAGUGGAUAGAGAUGGGAGCAGUUGUCGACUGAGAAGCAACGACAACAAAGGAUCUAUUCCACGGGGUAUCUGGCUCUUCGCAGGUGUCGUUGCUGUGCGCUUAUCUUUGCCACCCAGAUCGACCGGAUACUUUGAGGGUCCGGGUGAAGGUUGCCCACUCAGCCGAAGCCCCCCCCCCCCUUUGUGCUGUGCGGGUGCUGUCUGAUGGUGUUCUCUGUGAUUUCGGCGUUCGGCUGUGUGGCGUGCUUUGCCAUGCGUAGUAUACCUACCUAGGCUAUUUUCCUUUGGCUUCUUGUGUGACCCCGGGUUGAUACGUCAGAUACACACUCCACGGACGGCGUGUAGACCGGCGCCUGAACAGGCGGAUUGGACGAACACACACACGUAGGCUCUUUAUCUUGUGACCGUGGUGGGUACACAGAAGUUGGUGUUGCUGGUUGCUGGUACCAAGUGGAGCAAUUGUUUUUUUGUGUGUGUUCAGUCUAGCUGUAGUCCGUUGCACGAAGGCGUCCUCGAAACAACUCCAGGACAAGUAAAUGGGGCGCGCAGGGAUUGUGGCGGAUUGCAGGUUGUGUUGACAUGGGAGACAAGCGGUUUCCAAAGCCGUCCCUGGAAGUCCGCCCACGUGCCUAGUACUCUUGUCACCUCCUCACAACAGGGGACAAGAUGUUGUUGCUGAUAGGUAGCGUUCCGUGACGAUUCCGAGAGAGAGAGCUGCCGUUGCUGUACGAGUGUUGUUUUGUUCUCCGCGCAUCGUGCUUGAAUGAAUCCACGUGGGACGAGGGAAAAUGGGGGAAAUACUACAUAUAAAAACAUGGGGCUCGUCUUCCCGCAUGCACGUCUGGCCGUGGGCUACGAACCCCGUUGCGUCGCCGUGGAAGCGCUCUUCUAGCUGUUAGCACUGUCAAGGGUGAUAUAGACCAGCGGCGUAGUCGAUCUGAAAUGCAGACUAAACUUCCCUCUACUGGUAUGUAGUGCUGCAUCAGUACUACAUCAGUCAGAGGUAGGUAAAGAGGCAGAGGAAAACAGGUAGGUGCGGUCUGGGUAUUAUCUGCCUCUGCCCCGAAAGCUUGAACCGAAUCAACACGGUAGGUAGUCUUUCCGCAGGAGCUCCGCACAGGGUACCAUCUUCAGUGUUGAUUUAUUUCAGACGCGUUUCGUCUCGCUCACAAUACAACCCCCCCAAAAUACUGACCCUCCAGUGCUAAACAUAUACUGUACCGGACAGGACUCGGCUGCCCCCCGUCCCCUCCCGCCUGGCCUCCGUCGCACACUGCUCUCACAUACGAGCUAUUUUUCUAGACUAGAGAAACAUGGAAAAAAAAUGUAAGAGAGAGUGGUGCUGUUUUCUUGUUUUCGAAUCCAGGAACGAUUCGGCAACAAACGCCCACGAACUCGGGACCCCACACGACACAUCCAUGCCUACACUGCUUGCUGUCCUACACAAAACCGAUCCCCAAGCACCUCACCCCACCCCACGAAGAUGGUUCCCAAGCCGACCGCUGUAGGUUCUGCUGCCGCUACAGCUGUAGGUGCUGCUGCCGCGGGCUUUCCACGGUGGGGAACGCCGCCGCCCACGGAGCGGCUCUGGUGUGACUGACCUCUCUCUCUCUCUCUCACGCGCACUUGCAAACCCAACCCGCCGCACAACAUCUUUGCACAGAGCUCUCUCCGUUUCACGUAAAAGCGCCAUUGCUGUCUCGAGAACCUAUGGGUCGCACGCAAGGAGAGGGGGAGUGGGUAUGCCCUUCCCUUCGUCCCGAAAAAAAGAACAAAAAAAAAUAAAAAAACACAUAUGAGAGGCUGGAUGGCAGUUGGCCAACAACUCGUGUAGUGUGCGUAUUUACCUAGUAAGUGACCGCUCCUGAUGUCAGGAUGUCGCCUUGUGACAAAUCCAUCAGGACUCCCUCCCUGUAUUGCCCCCCAACCCCUGUUCACGAUAAACACAUCAACUCUAGCACACACAACACACGAAGGCAAGAACGUUCGGCCUUGAUGAUGGGAAAAUUGAUCAGGCGAAACAUUCAAGCAACCUAUGUCCCCCGCCCCCCUCACCUCCGCUGGAAGCAGUGCAAGGCUAGACCUUCUGACAAUGGCGGCAGGGUACUACUGCGGUAGCGCGAUCCGUUUGAACGUAAGAGAUAAUUGGCUGCCUACCUACCGCCCGCUCCAUGAAGAGCAGGACGACGAGUGAACGAUCGCAUAAGAGGUGUGCGAUGCUCUUUCGUCGUCCAAAAGUACAGAAAAGACACCCUGCUGCACCAUAAUAGCAUCAAUGCCGUCCGAGAGGUGACAAACGCGAGCACCAGCUGGCAUUUGGUGCGGUGCAAUUGACGGCACAGCUGACUGGGCAGCAAGGGGAAAAUUCACAACUAUCGUCGUUCCCAAAAUCUGGAAGACACGGCCCACAAAACAAAAAAUCUCCGCAUUUUCCUGUCUUGUAAAUUCUCUAGCAGACUCCAUCUAAGCCCCCCCCUCCCGCUGCCGUUUUCAUCCCCCUUUGUUAAAACCAUGACCACGAGUGUUCGUGUAUCAUGCUCGUAAUAAACCGAACCUCUUGACAUCUUCUGCCCAGAGAAUCGGACAACACUAAGUGACUCCGUACGCAUCUUCUAGACUCCCCCCCCCUCACACACACGGCACCGGGUACACGAAAAACUCCAUCCAUUCCCGAGAGGAAUCGAACAACAUGAUGAACGGUUUCCCUAUCUUCCCCCUGACGAAAAAAACAAACAAAGUUCACCCAACAAACCGAGAUAAUUUGAACAUGCACGUAAUGCACCC